AUGCAACUAGCGUUUCUGGACUUUGAAGACUUCGACUCUCCUCACCGAGGCCGUCUUCUCAACGCUCUCCGCGCCGAUGUAGAACCAGGAAAGUUCGUUCGCUUGCUUGAUGACAUGAAUCAACGAACAACUGCUGCAGUUCGAACACCAGCCGGAUGUACAACACCGUUCGAAGUGGUAACUGGAGUAAGACAAGGGGCGGUGGCAGGACCCUUCCUGUUCCAUUUCGCCAUCGACGACAUGCGAAGAACAGUCGACCAGUGUACUGCCGACAUUGUCUUAGCACCAUCGGGGUGCCCCUUGACUGAUCUAGAGUGCUCCGACGAUGUUGUUAUAUUCGCGGAAAGCAGAACAAGACUUCAACAUGUUGCCAACCUUGUAUCGAAGCUGGCUGCAGCCUAUGGACUACGUGUACGCCGUGAUAAAUGCAAGCAGAUGUGGAUCUCUUCGAGACCUCGAACGGAAGUCAGGGUGGACGGACAACCGGUAGCACUCGUCGAUCAGUUCUGUUGCCUGGCCUGUACGUUAAAGAACAACGGCAGCUACGAGAGAGAUGUUGAGCAAAGAUGCGCUAAGGCCACUUCUGCAUUCAAGUCCUUAACGAAAUGCCUGUGGUCGACCCCAUCACCAACGAAAUCAAGCUGCGAGUCUACCUGUCCGCAAUUCACCCCGUCAUAA